AUGACUACUACCACUACCAAUACCGCAGACCAAUCCGGGUCUAACUUUCCUCUCGCAGGCGUCGCCAAUGAUGGUUGGUCUACCGAGGACGAGGCAACGGCAACAUGCUUUUGCGGCGCAGUGCAAUUGGCAUUUCCAACGAAAGCACCAGGUCUGGUCAAGUCCUUCGUCUGCAACUGUUCGGACUGCCACAAGAUCACGGCAUCAAUGUUCGCAUCAAACUUCACCAUCGACAAUUCCUACCUGAAGCACGUGCGAGGCCAGGAGAACUUGAGCCAUUGGGGGCAGGAGAAGACGAUCGCGUCCGGCCAGACCAUGACCAACUACUUCUGCAAGACUUGUGGCACGUUGAUGUAUCGCGUCGGUGCCCGGUUCCCAGGAUUUAGUAUCCUGCGCAUCGGCACCGUGGAUGAUUUCUAUCUGCAUGAGACCAAGUUGCGACCUACGGUUGAGCAGUUCAUCAAGAACCGCGUGAGCUGGUUCAGCGGCGUCGAGGGACCGGGUGUUGAGAAGUUCGAGGAGGGCGGGUUUUAG